AUGUUAGGAAGACCACCUACGACCUUACAGUUGAAUAAAGAUGAUAUAUCAGAGCUAGUAAAGGAACUAGAGGAGAGAAAACUGAAACUAAAAAUUGAGGCUAAUCGUCGAAAACUCCAAGUGUCUGUACAGCAAGCACCUCUAAAAAAAUCAAACUCUGCAAUGGGAUCAACCUCUUUAAAUGAGACUAUUACAGACAUAAACAUAAUGAAGGAAAAUGGAAUUGAACUUAAGGCAAUGAUGAAUUCUAGUAUUGAUGCCUCUCAUCAAGUUACAGUUACGCCAAGAGUAACUACCCACCCUACAAUUGAUGAUGGAAGUGAUAAUCCGUUCUAUAAAAGGGAACUGUAA